AUGGACGCAUCGUCCAUUAUAACUCAAGUGUCACGGGAUGACGAACAAUUAAACAACUAUGGAUCUGAAAGAGGGUCUUCACCUGGCGGACAGCAAAAUAACGAGGAUGGAACGCCAGUUUCUGGCUCCACUCCAUUGGGGAGCAAGAAGUCGAGUGGCGGUGGAGGUUUCCUACGAUCUUUACUGUGUUGUUGGCGUGGGGGCCGCGGAAAAGGGCCCCCCGGUGGAAAUGGCACCAACAGUAUCGAUGGCAGAGCAUCACCCCCCCUUCUUGUUAUGUCAGACCAUGCACCGCGACCAUUAUUACCACCAGUGAGACAUCAGGAUAUGCACAAAAAAUGUAUGGUCAUAGAUCUCGACGAAACCUUAGUACACAGUUCUUUCAAGCCAAUCAACAACGCUGAUUUCGUGGUACCAGUGGAAAUAGAUGGUGCCGUUCACCAAGUAUAUGUGUUGAAGAGGCCGCACGUCGAUGAAUUCCUAAGAAGAUGCGGUGAAUUAUACGAAUGCGUGCUCUUCACCGCUUCAUUGGCGAAAUACGCGGACCCAGUCGCUGACUUAUUGGAUAGAUGGGGCGUGUUCCGUGCUCGUCUAUUCCGGGAUAGCUGCGUGUUCCACCGCGGGAACUACGUCAAGGAUCUGAACAGCCUGGGGCGGGAUCUGCGACGAGUCGUCAUAGUGGACAACUCACCGGCCUCAUACAUCUUCCACCCUGAUAACGCUGUGCCGGUCGCGUCGUGGUUCGACGACAUGACGGACUCCGAGCUCCUCGACCUGAUACCGUUUUUCGAGAAACUUAGCAAGGUGGACAGUGUGUACACAGUGUUGCGUAACUCCAACCACCCAUACAACCCAGCGCAGAGCUCGCCCACAUAG